CGGCAAGCGCCCCAAAUUUUCUUCCCCCAAGUUUUCUCACCACCACCGCCAGCCUCUGCAUUUAUCCCUCUUCUCUCCUCAACCCAUCCUUUUUCACUAGAGGACCCUCUUCUGUGUUUGAAGAGGAGGAACCAUCGCGGAUACCGUUUUUGUAUAUCCGCCACCAUAUCACGUCUGUGAUCUGUUCAGCGCCUGCCCUUUUUGUGUGCGGCGAGGAAAUUCACAGCCACUCCUUUGGUAAGUCCGUGUUUGUGUGUGCCUGAAGACCUCCGGCAAUUCUCCUUCAUUUCCCUCGCAUUUCACCUGCCUUUGUUCGCAAAAGAACCCCCUCCAGUUCCUUCGUCACGCGAUCCUUAAACCGAUUCGCCAAUUUCUUUCGUCCUGGCGGUCACUUUGCACCCUACUUCUCUGUCGGAAGUCAUCGACUGCCUAACGGAAAGACUUUGC